AUGAGUAUUGUGACUCCUGGUGACGUCGCGAUUGCUGUUGGCAAAAGCACACCAUCGACAACUUACUCGUUCAUAAAUGUCAAGGGAUGCAAUGGCGAACCUAUCGCUGAAGUUCCUGUCACCUUCAAAGCCGAGUGGGCUGCGUACUGGACCGAAGACCACCGCGUGUGCUGCCCAAGAGUCUUUGCUCCAAGCUCUUGA